UUCUCACUCACUCUUCAACCGUUAAGCCAAACCGAACGCGGGCUAAGAGCGCUCGUUAAUUAAUUACUAGCCCCAUGCUCGUGUGUGUGUGCAUGUGCGGGAGUGCGAGUGGAGAUUAUUAGCGGCGGGCCAACUCCCAAAUCGAGAACAAAACGAGCGGAUAACAACGCAAAAUAAUGCAUUAAAAGCGACAAUAGUGGAAUGCAGGCCAUUGUGCAAUAAUAAUUAUUUGUACCUAUGAAUUUGUUGCAAUCAAUGCUCUUUGGGCGAAAUCGGUAGUGAAAUGAAAUUCUUCUGAUGGCGGCAUUGUGAAAACCGAAAUUUCAACUACGUGUUGCUCUACGUUGUUGUUGCCUAAUUUUGUUUUUGUUGUUUUGUUGAUAUUCGCCAACGAAAGUCCACUACGCGGCUGGCUGCAUGUGAAUGAGUGGUAGUGGAAGGUGAUCGCGAUAGCUGUUUUAAUCGUGUUAGUGUGUUGGUGGUAGAAGUUGGCGAAAACAACGAAAAUAAAAGCCACUCAAGAUGAGUGUGUGGAGCGACUGCAAUGCCAAGCAGGCAUUCGGCAUUGCCAAAUGCAACUUCGACCAGGAGAACAAGCCACAUCGCCUUAACCUGGACGUGGGAGAUGCUGUUAUAAUCCUCAAGGAGACCACCCACUGGUACUACGGAUACAGACAAAAAGCCAAGGAAACACGAGGCAUAUUUCCCAAGACGUACAUCCAUCUGUGUGAAUACACCAUCGUGAAUGGAGAGUUCUGCAUCCAGCGAAGCGACAUUGUUGAGGAGAUCACCAAAGUGCUCCUGGAGUGGGGUUCCAUUGCCAAAAGUUACUUUUUGACCACCAACCCCAGCUUCUCAAGGAUUCGAAGGAAAAUGAACGAGCUGAACAAUAACCGGGCAGCCCUGAUCUCUGGAAAUCUUCCCCUCGACGAGAUUAGGAAGGUGAAGCUGUUGGCCACCAACCAGAUCGAUACUGGCAACAAGCUCCUCGGUCUGGACAUGGUGGUGCGCGACGAGAGCGGUGACAUCCUGGACACCAAUGCCAUUUGCACCACCGAGCUGUACGAGCAGCAUGUGCACGCCGUCCAGCGGAUCGAGAAGGCGAAUCGACUGACCAGCGAUCGUGGAACCACACGAACUCUGAAUAAAUAUUCCCACAACAUCCUCCUGCACGUGAAUGCCUUUGUGUGCAAGUUCCAGGAGGACUCGGACCUGCUCUUCUGCCUCUUCGACGGUGAGAACCACAAGCCCAUCAGCGAGAACUAUGUGGUAAAGUGGUCCCGCACCGGAGCCGCCCUGGAGCAGAUCGACAACAACCGGGUGCUCUUCACGGAUCUCAGCAAAAGCGACUUGGCCAUUUCCAAGAUGUACCUGGUCUGCUACGCCAUCCGCAUCGGGUCCAUGGAGUUCAAGGAGUCGGUGGAGUCCAAGCGGACGAGCAUUAGCAUGGCCAACACCAUGCUGAAUGCCUCCAGUCGCAAGGCGUCGCAGCUCUCAGUGAGCUCCAGCGGAUCCUCCGGCAGCACGGGAGAGUAUGUGAUAAGGAGGCCCUUUGGCGUGGCCUGCAAGGACCUGACCCCCAUCAUCAACAAUGCGGACGACUUCCGGGGCAACCUGGACUUGCCGUUCAUCAUGUGCGACAAGGACACGUUGGACGGGACGCUGCGCAAGCUGAUUGGCAACAAGGACAUCGGCAAGAUCGACUCGAAAAUGGCAGUGACCAUCGAAGUGCUGCGCGGAGACAUAAAACAAAUCAAAGAGGACUUCCCCCGCCUGGUGCACACCAACGUUCCGGUGGCCCGCAAGAUGGGCUUCCCCGAGGUCAUCCUGCCGGGUGACGUGCGCAACGAUCUCUACCUAACCAUCUGCAGCGGAGAGUUCUCCCGCAUCGCCAAAACCUCGGAGAAGAACGUGGAAGUGUCGGUGUGCGUGGCCAACGAGCAGGGCUACCUUGUGCCGGGAGUUCUGAGUAUUGGGGCCGGGCAUCCGCCCAUCGACGAGUACAAGUCCGUGGUCUACUACCACGACGACAAGCCCAAGUGGCAGGAGACGUUCAAGAUUCACGUGCCCAUCGAGGACUUCAAGCAGUGCCAUCUGCGAUUCGUGUUGAAACAUCGGAGCAGCAACGAGCAGAAGGAUCGGAGCGAGAAGCCCUUCGGCCUGGCCUACAUGCGGCUGAUGCAGGCCAACGGUACCACCAUUCCGCAGGGCCAGCACAUCCUUGCCGUCUACAAGAUCGACCACAAGAAGUACGACAAGACGGUGGCCAACUGCUAUCUGGAGCUUCCCUCCACGACGGCCGAGAUCCAAGGUGCAAAGCCCUCGAUCGGUGGACUCAGCCUGUUGCCCAAGGAUCAUCUGUCCAUUGGCGUGAAUCUGUGCAGCACCAAGCUCACUCAAAGCGUGAGCUUACUGGGUCUCCUAAACUGGUCCGCCCACAAGGAGACGCUGGAGCAGUCGCUGAAGGCCUUGACCUUGGUGCCUGGCGAGGAGGUUGUGAAGUUCCUGCAGGACAUACUGGAUGCUUUGUUCAACAUUCUGGUGGAGAACGAUGAUCCAGAGAAGUACGACCAGCUGGUGUUCAUGAGCAUCAUAUACUUGAUUGAAACGGUGUCGGAUCUGAAGUACCAGCACUUCCUCACCGUCCUAGAUGUGUACAUCAAUGAGAGCUUCUCCUUCACCCUGGCAUACACAAAACUGAUGGAUGUGCUGCAAAAGAACAUCCGGGAAGCCAUAUCGCCGAAGGAAAAGUCCGCCGAUGGCAACAAUCUCGAGGAGAGCUUGGAGGUGCGGCGUCUGUACAAGACGACUCGUUAUCUCCACUAUGUGAUGAAGUUCGUCAUACGAUCUCGUCUGCUCUACACCGAGAUGAACUGCAAUUCGGAGUUGGACUUUGCCUCCCGGUUGCAGGAGCUACUCCGCAUGUUCAUCGACAUGAUUGGCUGCCCCAGCAACUUGCUGAAGUCGGAGGGGGCGCUCCUCAAGAAUCUGCACAUCAUUGCCACCGACUUGAUGCAGGUCUUUGACCAAGAGCCAUUGAGCGUUUCGAUCGUUGAAAUCCUGGAAAAGUUUCCACCACGCCGCCUAACGCAGUCCAAAAUGGGCUGCAUCAAGGACUUUGUGGACACGAAACUCUUCACCCUGCCCAAGUGCCGGGCCAUACUGCUGCCGGUGUUUUGCAAGCACAUCAAGGACCACCUGGAGAGCAAGGAGGAGGGAGACUCGAAAACCGAUAUCUGGCAGCAAGAAAAGAAUCUUUCGAAAGCAGCCAAAGUGCUCGGACAGAAAAAAUCCCAACUGCACACAUGUGAUACGACUGCAAAUAAAAAGAUAACCGAAUGCAUAAACAUCAUGAACAACAUCCUAAAGUUGCUCUUCCGCUCGGAUGUGGGUCCCACGCACAACGACAUCCGCGACGUCAUGAUUAUCCUGCUGCGAACCGUCAUGAAGGCAGCCCAGGCCCUGGACAGGGACACGGGGUUGGUUGGCAAGUUCUUUGCCAUCAUGCUGGGUAUUCUGCAGCGCAUGGAUGCCCAGCACUACGAGUACUUCGUCAAGGAUCUGCACCAGCAUGGGGAACUGAAGGUGUUUGUCACUGAAAUCCUGCUGACUUUCGAGCAGCUGGUGUCGCCGAUCCAGAAGGCAGUAUUCCCCAGGGACUGGAUGGACAUGAUCAUGCACCAGAACACGGUGAUCCUGGGAGCUCUUCAGCACCUGGCCGUGGUCAUUACGGACUACUUCCUGUGUCCGUUCGAGAAGCAGAUCUGGUCGAACUUCUUCCAGUGCUCCAUCGCCUUCCUGGUGCAGUCUCCACUGCAACUGAACGACUUCAACGACAACAAGCGGCAGAUUGUGUUUGCCCGCUAUCGGGAUAUUCGCAAGGACACCGCCAUGGAGAUUCGGAAAAUGUGGUUCCAACUGGGCCAGCACAAGCCCAAGUUUGUGCCGCAACUCGUCGAACCCAUUCUGGAGAUGAGCAUGAUCCCAGAGAUAGAUCUGCGUCGGGAGACGAUUCCCAUCUUCUUCGACAUGAUGCAGUGCGAGUACUACAGCUCUAGACUGGAGCUGGAAAGCUAUGGGGACACCAAGUUCAACAAUGCCCACCAUAAGGGGAACUUUUCCGACUUUAAGACGGCGAUGAUCGAGAAGCUGGACAUCCUUAUUGGAGCUGGCAAAGGUGAUGCGGAAUACAAGAAACUCUUCGAAGAGAUAAUGCUGGAACGCUGUGCUGCUCACAGCACUCUCAACGUGGAUGGUACAGCCUUCGUCCAGAUGGUGACCCGACUCAUGGACAAACUCCUGGAGUACCGCUUCAUUAUUCAGGACGAGAGCAAGGAGAACCGCAUGGCUUGCACAUUCUCGCUCCUGCAGUUCUACUCGGAUGUGGAUCUCAAGGAGAUGUACAUCCGGUACGUGUACAAGCUGUGCGCCCUCCACAUGGAGUUCGAGAACUACACCGAGGCGGCGUUCACUUUGAAGCUGCACGCGAACCUUCUGCGCUGGACGGACAUGGAACUCUCUCCGCAGCUACGGAGCUCGAAACACAACGUUUGCCGCACCCACCGCCAGCUGAAGGAGGCGCUGUACUUCGACAUAAUGGACUACUUCGACAAGGGCAAGCAAUGGGAGUGCGCCAUCGACAUGUGCAAGGUGCUGGCCCGCCAGUACGAGGAGGAGAUCUAUGACUACAUCAAGCUGGCGGAGCUCCUGAAGCGAAUGGCUCAGUUCUUUGAGAAGAUUCUGAAGGAGUUGCGUCACAGCUCCGAGUACUUCCGUGUGUGUUUCUACGGUCGAGGAUUCCCACGUCUGCUCCAGAACAAAGUCUACAUCUUCCGGGGCAAGGAGUACGAACGGCAUAGUGACUUUUGCACCAGGAUGCUGGUCCAACAUCCGCAGGCGGAACUCAUGCAAACACUAGAGGCCCCGGGCGAGGAUAUAACCAACAGUGACGGCCAGUACAUUCAGGUGAACAAGGUGGAGCCCAUCAUGAAUCCCGACUGUGCCAAAUUCAACGACAAGAUCAUCUCCAAUGAGAUAGUCAAGUACUUCACCGCCAACAACGUGCAGAAGUUCCAGUUUUCGCGCCCGUUCCGCGACAGCAGCGGUGGCGGCCACAUGGAUGAUGUGAGGAAUCUGUGGCUGGAGCGUACGGAGCUACUUGCCAGCUUCCCCCUGCCGGGAGUGCUACGCUGGUUCCCCGUCGUCGAGACAAAUACCUUUAAGAUCUCUCCUCUCGAGAGGGCGGUGGAGAUUAUGCGGGACACGAACCGCGACGUCCGACAGCUGGUGAUUCUCCACCGAAGUGAUGAGACCUUGCACAUUAAUCCGCUGACCAUGAAGCUGAACGGCAUCGUGGACCCGGCGGUGAUGGGUGGCUUUGCCAAGUACGAAGAGGCUUUCCUAGUUGAGGAGUACCUGGAACAGAAUCCAGACGACAAAGAGCUGGUAGAGGAGCUGAAGGAUCUGAUUGCCCUGCAGAUUCCGUUACUGGAGAUAGCCAUUCAGUUGCAUCGGCAACGAGCACCCGAAAGCCUAAAAGCCCUGCAGGAGCACCUGGAGAAAUGCUUCUCCGACAUGAAGAGGCAUGUGGAGACGCAGUACGGCGAAAAGACCUGUGAUCUGAAGAUUGACUCGGUUGUGAUGCGCCGGACCAAUUCCUUCCUGCCAGCGGGAUUCGAUGGCAGCUACAACCGCCAUUCGGAGACCAGCAUGGGAUCAUCAGAUAGCGGCCUGUCCAAGUCAACCUUUCUGCCGAGACCGCAGACCAACUCCAUCAAGUCAACGCUUGCCAGCCUCAGUUUCAACACCAGCAGCAAGGGUAAGGACAAGGACAAGACACCGGCCAAGCGGCGCUCCAUGAAGAAGGAUCGGGAUGCUCUCAGCCUGCCCAGCAGCCAGUGGUAUACGCCACCUCUGACCACCAUAACCUCAACCCCUGAGAAGGAGAUCAACACAUCCAUAGCGUCGCUAGCAAGCGCCUCCAACAGUUCACUGAGCGGUCCAAAAACUCCAGAUCCUCAUGUCCUGACCGAAGAGCUGACGCCAAAGCGUCCCCUGCGUUCGGAAAAGGAGAAGGAGCGCCGACUUUCCCGGCCGUCCAGUAUUGCCACGCCCACUGCCAGCAUCAAGAAUUUCCCAGAUACACGCUCUCUAUCCGAGAGCAGCAAUCGCAAUUCAGUUGAAACCACUGAUUCCACAUCCGAGGAGGACAUCCGACCGCCGCCGCUGCCCGCCAAGUCACGUGACUCCACAGACUUCAGCAGCUUGCACUCCAUGGACUGGGCGCCCAACGGAUAUGCGUUGCUGAGCCAAAUGAGCAAUACGAGCAGCAGCAGCAUGAGCACUACAACGACCCUGACAAAGACCAGUAUUACCAAUACCACGUACGAGUAUUUGCAGGCCACGAACUUCAGUGUGGUGAAUGCCAUCGAUGGCAGCAAGCCGCGUCCUCCGACGCCGCCACCGAAGCCGUCGCGUCACAGCAAACACAUUCCAUAGAGCAUGAGGGGCGGAGCAGCCAUAUACGUUCAAAUGAUGUCGCGAGUGCCAAGUAUUUCCCUGUUACUACAUGUAUAGCGGCAAUCCACCAAAAUCCACAAUCAACGAUCUACGCCCUCAGCCACAAACAAACGACCGCCUACCAAAACAAGUGUCUUAGAAACGAUCGCACUAGCCCGUAGCAAUUCGAUUACGAUACCUAUUCUUACAUGUCUUGUUAAGUGUUUUUAAAUAUGUUUACGUUUAUAUGAUAUUAUGUUGAACAUGUCGUCAUUUUCGUUUAGUUUGUUUUCGAACAAAAGCCCAUCUACUUGUCUUCCACAAGUACUCAGUUAUGUUGUACACCCGAUACGCUGUACGCUAAAAUAUAAUAUUAGAUCGUAGGCUUUAAUUAUCAACUCUAGAAACUUUUUACGUCUCUUAUGCAAACAAGUGCCACACAGUCUAUAUGCAAUAUCAAUUACCACGAUUUUACAAACACAAAUAGGGUUUUAGCACAAAUCUACUAACAAGUCAAUUACGAAAUGCGAACGAUGAACGAAAUCUUUGUUAACAUUUUAGACAAUUUUUUGUGAAGAGCGCUUUACUAUACAUAUAUACUAGUAUGUACUGUUUUGAUACAAUUAUGUGUAGCCAUUAUGUAGUGCAACUAGCUGUUGAGAUUUAUACGAUAAGCGCAUUUUAUAAAAACCAUUUAGCGUGCGAAGACCCCGAGGCACAACUAUGUAUGUAUUUUACUUACACAACAAAUAUUUAAUCUUAGAUAAACCAAUAUUUUAUUUUAAAGAGCUCUGUGUAAUUAUGUAAUUGCGAUCUGUGUAUCGGCCAAAGAUUAAGCAAUAAUUAUCUAAACUUAAGGAUGUAACAGUAACGAUUUGAUUUAUUAAAGUAAACCACCCAAAAAGAA